AUGCCGAUUUGUAUCGAGUGCCGCCAUCCGGUCAAGACACUAUGGACCAAAUACUCCAACGCUGACGACAAGUCGAGCGGUCACAAUAUCCGUCUGACCGUUUGCAGAAAUUGCGGCCAUUUUUGCGACAAAUACGUCGAGCACGAUUUCGUCGUGCUGUUCAUCGAUCUCGUCCUCAUUAAACCCCAGGUCUAUCGUCACCUGUUGCACAAUACCUUAAUGAAGGAUGACGACCGUUUUGAUUCAUCUAUUGUACGACUCGGCAUCCUGUUGCUACUAUUCGACGUCUACUUGACAUGGGCGCGCAUUGAGAAGCAGACGGUGCCCAUCUCUGCUCGGGGCGAGGGCGCAAAUCUGGGCAGCUUGGCACAGCAGUCUAUCGUGUCCCAGUAUUUCUUCUUCCUCAUCCUUUGCGCUUUGUCGACAUUUGCCUUCCAUAUGAGCAUUCGCUUCCUGACUUCGUCCAAGUUCUCUCCGCUGAACUUCUUCAACAUCUUGCCCCGAUAUUCGCGUCCAAACUCCGUCUCGACCGCACUCCUCGUCUCGUCUUCGACCAAGCUAUUCCCGAUCCUCAUGGUCAUAUGGCAGUACGAUGUCCCAGCUGCGGCUCGGUCGCUGGGCUGGGCCGUCGUAGCAAACAACGUCGAGGCCCUUCGUAUUCUGCUGGACUGCGGCUACGGGGUUGCUACUUUACUCGCCACGCUGGGAGCUCUAGCCCGGUGGACAGUGGGACGCAGUGUUCUCUGGGCUGCUGGGCUAGAUGGAGUCGAUUCCAUCGGAGAGACGAGCAUUGCUGCAGAUGGCAAAGCCCUCUGGGCUCUGUUGAUGUACGUGAGGGAGUGGGCAAGUGAUCUAGCCGCAGGAUAA